UAUUUUUCAGGGGAGCUCGAAUGAUUCCAGAGUCUGACCAGAUCUUCACAGAAGUGGAACUGAGUACCCUGGAAAAAACAAUCAAUGAAACAACGGUGUGGAAAAAUGAGACGCUGGCUGAACAGAACAAGCUCUCUCCUGCUGAGAAACCUGUCCUGCUGUCCAAGGAUAUAGAGCUCAAGAUCGCAGCCCUGGACAGGGAAGUGCAGUACCUUCUGAACAAGGCCAAGUUUGCAAAACCCAAGCCCAGAAAGGAGAAGAACACCACAAAAGCUGAUUCAGGCAAGAAUGCUACAGCGUCCGAGAGCGAGGACACUAUCCCUCCCACGGAGGGGCGACACGAAGAUAAACCUGAGGAUAUCAGUCCAGCCAAGGAACCUCCUACAGCUGAGGAAGUCGGUGAGGAGCCUGGAGCAGACUCAGGGUCCCAAAAGGAGAAGAAAGUAGAAGCCGGAGGAGAAAGCCUCAUCACGAGCAGCCAGUCCGCGGCCUACGCCGUGAGCAAGUUCAUCAGCGGGGUGCUCUCCGACCAGCUGAGCGCCCGCUGGCUCUUCUCCUCCGGCCUCCUCAUGGUGGGCCUGGUCAACAUCGUGUUCUCCUGGAGCUCCACGGUGACGGCCUUCGCCGGGCUCUGGUUCCUCAACGGCCUGGCACAGGGGCUGGGCUGGCCGCCCUGCGGGAAGGUGCUGCGCAAGUGGUUUGAGCCUUCCCAGUUUGGGACUUGGUGGGCAAUCCUGUCUACAAGCAUGAACUUGGCUGGGGGCCUAGGCCCCAUUGUCGCUGCUCUCGUGGCUCUCCACUACGAUUGGCGUAUGACUUUGUCCUUCUCUGGCUUCAUCUGCGUGGUUGUCUCUUUUGUUUGCCUUGUCCUCAUAAAAAAUGAGCCGGCGGAUGUUGGGCUCCCCAACAUCGAACAAGGAGCCAAGAAAGGGAAGAAAGGGUCCCCCGGCGACAACAGCACCUUGGCGGAGCUGCUGCUCUCGCCCUACCUCUGGGUGCUCUCCACGGGCUACCUGGUGGUGUUCGGAGUGAAAACGUGCUGUUCAGACUGGGGACAGCUCUUCCUCAUUCAGGAGAGGGGACAGUCUGUGCUCGUGGGUAGCUCCUACAUAAGUGCCUUGGAGAUUGGAGGUCUGGUGGGCAGCAUUGCUGCUGGGUACCUUUCUGACAGAGCAGUGGCAAAAGUCGGUCUGUCGAACUACGGGAACCCUCGGCACGCGCUGCUGCUGGCCAUGAUGGCGGGAAUGUGCGUCUCCAUGUUCCUGUUCCGCGUCACCGUGACGGGAGAGUCUCCCAAGGAAACUGAUGUCUGGAUCGUUGCCUUGCAACCUCUAGCUGAUCUUACAGGCCUAAAAGAACAAGAGCUGUGGAUAUUGAUUCUCGGAGCCGUGUUUGGCUUCUCUUCGUACGGCCCCAUCGCCCUCUUCGGGGUGAUAGCCAACGAAAGCGCCCCCGCCAACCUGUGCGGGACGUCGCACGCCAUCGUGGCUCUCAUGGCCAACGUGGGGGGUUUUCUGGCCGGGCUGCCGUUCAGCACCAUUGCCAAGCACUACAGCUGGGCCACGGCCUUCUGGGUGGCCGAACUCACCUGCGCCGGCAGCACCGUGGCCUUCUUCCUGCUGCGGAACAUCCGCACCAAGAUGGGCCGCGUUCCCAAGAAGGCCGACUGA